UCUUCGUGUUUGGUGGAGUCUCAAAGAUGCUAGUGGUGAAAAUCUUCCUGCCAUUCAUCACCUUCGUGAUGUCAAUGUAUUUUUAUGACACCAUAGUGCUGUCUUCGAACGAAACAAUGAGUACUGCGAUCUCAGCGUUUCCUACGGAGAUAAGACCAAGGAGAGAUGCUGAGUCGAAAAUGGGAUACGCUGAGAUAUCUUGGGAGGCGCUCCUGCUUCUGCUGCCUUCAAAGCCCCGCAACUGUGCCGAGAUCCGGGACUCUGCUCUCAACAGGAAAAACAUCUACCUGGUGGAUCGACCUCUCUGGCUUCGACGUCAACCUGAUGAACCGGUAGGCACGUGUCCGGCGCGGUUCCGUCUAGACACAGACGCAGACCGCGUGUGGCCGCGCUCCGUCAUCUGCACGGAGUGUGUGUGCGAGGGUUCGCGAUGUGCGCGGCGCGGCGCGCACGUGUGUGUCACUGUGCACAUUGUGCGCACAAUCAUCACGCGUACAGGAGGCUGGCGCCGGCAAGCCAUCCCGGCUGGGUGUCUCUGUGCUGCCAAGAGGGCCACAAUCAAUAGUCCGCCCUCGCCCCAUAUAACCAUUUAAUUCCAAGUCAACUUUGAAAUUUAUUUGACAAAUUGAUUUCCCGUAAUAGAGAUUUGCAGUGUUUGGAUUCAAUUUUCCAACUUUUCAUUUAGAGAUUUGCACUGGGGCCAAUGCACCGGACCUCACAGUAUGUGACGUUUUCUUAUGGGGCUAUUAUUAGAAGCAAGGGUCUACAUUAUGUAUUAUGAGACCAUUGAGGAGUUGAAGGCAGAAAUUGACGACUAGAUCACAUCAAUUCGUUGAGCGGGCAAUGCGCAUGCGCAACCACUUGAACAAUGCGUCGAGAGGUGGCCAUUUAAUGGAUGUAAUUAUUAAAAACAAGCUUGACUAAUUUUCUGUUAAUAAACUUCCAUUGUAACUACA